UGACAGCCCAACUCUCGACUUUACUUGCUGCAAUAAAAAGCCAUAUUCUCCCCUCACCUACUAUACUAUACUAACCAACCUAAAAAAGCAGCUGAGUGUUGCGUAAGUAAUUAUACAAACAAUGCCCGGAACUCUCAAACUCAACAACGCUCUUGCCUCUAUUUAUUACUACAAUUCUCACAAGCCCUAUAAUUGGUUGCGCUCUUUUACCUCCCUUACCGGCACCGGCAUUUCUAACUCCUCCAUCACCUUCGCUGCCGCUCACACGCGCUACUCUUUGUAUAUUCCGCCCUACGGUGAUUCCCCUUCCCGUCGGAAAUUCCUAGGGCGUUUAGGUCACGGAUAUGCUCUAAGAAGUAUUUCUACUACUCAGAUGGGACCCACCCCUGAUCACAAGGAGGAGGAUCUCCGCCGUGAAAAAUCAUCUCUCCCUAUACCCUCCAAGUCUGAAAAGUUGCUUACAUUGCCCACGAUUUUAACAAUUGGCCGUGUGGCUGCUGUUCCGCUUUUGGUAACCACAUUCUAUGUUGAUAGCUGGUGGGGGCCAAAUGCUACAACGGCUAUAUUUAUUGCAGCAGCAGUAACUGACUGGCUUGAUGGAUACCUUGCUCGCAAGAUGAACUUAGGAACUGCCUUUGGUGCGUUUUUAGAUCCAGUGGCUGACAAGUUAAUGGUUGCUGCUACCUUGGUCUUGUUGUGCACCAAACCUUUGGAGUCCGGUGUGUCCGGACAGUUGCCAUGGCUAUUAACUGUCCCUUCGAUUGCGAUAAUAGGCAGGGAGAUAACCAUGUCUGCAGUUCGAGAAUGGGCGGCUUCUCAGGGUGGUAAACUUUCAGAGGCUGUAGCUGUGAAUAACCUCGGGAAAUGGAAAACUGCCACCCAGAUGAUUGCAUUGACCAUCCUCCUGCUAACCAGAGAUAGCAGUUUAUCUGGAGCUGCCUCUCUUGUGGGUUCCGGUGUGAUGUUGCUAUAUAUAUCAGCGUGGCUUGCUGUGUGGUCUCUGUUCGUUUAUAUGAGAAAGAUAUGGAAAGUGUUAUUGAUGUAGUAGUCUUUUUCAUCAAAUACAUAUCGGCUCAUGCUUCUUGGUGUUGAGUGGUGGAUUGAUCACCCACAAGCAAUACAUACUGAUGACUAGAGCAAGGGAACACCUUUUUCCUGAUGCAUGCUGUGUUCAAUGUAUGGUUUUCCUCUACAUUCUUAGUUUGAUUCUUUAGCUGAGAGAUAAUGAAGUCUCUCAACAGGAAUUAGGAUCACUGGACAUGGUACCUGCAACAUGUAAUCUGGAUUCUAACUGGAAAAUUUAUAGAAUUAUGCAGCAAAGUACUUAUUAUCGUGUUUGCCUGGGGUGCAAAAACUUGAAUGUUUUUAGCCUGGGUGUUAUUCAUCCUUGAAAAUCUGGUAAGCCACAGUAAAAUUUGUUCAAUUA